CACUCACUCAUAACGAUCACACUGAUCAUCUUCAUUUCAGCUAAACCCCUUUCAUUACACAGCAGAUCAGAAAAAAACCGAUAACAAUCGCCGGCCGGCAGAUCGGACAACGGAAAAAUGUUGCCGCCGGAGCUUCAUCCUCGAACGUUCCGUCCUUACAUUUCAGCUUCUACCAGUGCUCCUUCUUUAUCCACAUCAUUUGAUGGCGUUUACAGUCCCGAACGGAACCCUAACGCUGUUAAUACUAGAUCUCUGAGGAACUCUAGAUUCACUCCGACGAAGUUCGUUCACAACGCUAGAAUCGCUGUCGCGUUGGUUCCUUGUGCCGGUUUUCUCCUUGACCUUGGUGGUACUCCGGUUGUUGCUACACUUACGUUAGGGCUUAUGGUAGCUUAUAUUCUUGAUUCUCUGAGUCUCAAGUCUGGUUCAUUCUUCGCUGUUUGGUUUUCACUCAUCGCUUCUCAAUUUGUUUUUUUCUUCAGCUCGUCGUUGUUUUCGGGGUUUAAUUCUGUUAUGCUCGGGUUACUUGCUGUAUCAGUUUGUAGUUUAAUUAAUUUCUUGUUUGGUGUAUGGGUAUCGCUUCAGUUCAAGUGGAUUCAAAUUGAGUAUCCGACGAUUGUGCUUGCUCUCGAGCGGUUGUUGUUUGCUUGUUGUCCGAUAAUUGCUUCUACUGUUUUUACCUGGGCAACAGUCUCUGCAGUUGGUAUGGUUAAUGCGGCUUAUCAUCUUAUGGUGUUUAACUGCAUUUUCUAUUGGCUUUUCUCAGUUCCUCGAUUGUCAUCAUUUAAAAUGAAGCAAGAAGCCAGUUAUCACGGUGGUCAUGUUCCAGAUGAUAAUCUAAUCCUUGGGCAGCUAGAAAGUUGUGUUCAUACAUUGAAUAUCUUGUUUUUCCCCCUUCUAUUUCAUAUUGCCUCUCAUUACUCGGUUAUAUUUGUCUCGGCGGCUUCUAUUUGUGAUUUGUUUCUUCUUUUCUUCAUUCCAUUUUUGUUUCAACUGUAUGCUUCGACGAGAGGGGGAUUAUGGUGGGUGACUAAAAACGAGCAUCAGUUGCAUAGCAUUCGCGUGGUGAAUGGAGCUAUUGCUUUGUUUGUAGUUGUCAUUUGCUUGGAGGUUAGGGUUGUGUUCCAUUCAUUUGGACGAUACAUUCAAGUGCCACCGCCAUUGAAUUACCUACUUGUCACUAUAACAAUGCUGGGAGGGUCAGCAGCAGCUGGUGCUUAUGCUCUUGGUAUGGUUUCUGAUGCUUUUAGCUCAAUAGGAUUCACUGCUUCAGCUGUCAUUGUAAGUGCUGCUGGAGCAAUCGUGGUGGGAUUUCCUGUUCUGUUUGUUCCACUCCCAUCAGUAGCAGGAUUUUAUUUGGCUCGUUUCUUCACGAAGAAAAGUGUCUCAUCAUAUUUUACUUUCGUUGUGCUUGGAAGCUUGAUGGUUAUAUGGUUUGUGAUGCACAAUUACUGGGAUCUAAAUAUUUGGAUAUCAGGCAUGCCUUUAAAAUCCUUUUGCAAGCUCAUUGUUGGUAGUGUUAUCCUGGCAAUGGCCAUUCCUGGUUUAGCUAUCCUCCCAGCACAAUUUCGCUUUCUGACUGAGAUUGGUUUGAUUGGCCAUGCUUUGCUGCUGUGCUAUAUUGAAAAUCGUUUCUUUAGUUACUCUAGCAUUUACUACUAUGGGUUGGAGGAAGAUGUGAUGUACCCAAGUUACAUGGUAGUCAUAACUACUUUUGUCGGUUUGGCGGUUGUGAGGAGACUUUCCGCGGACAACCGCAUUGGAUCAAAGGCUGUUUGGGUCCUAACUUGCUUAUACUCGUCAAAGCUGGCUGUGCUUUUUGUCACAUCAAAGGGAGUUUUGUGGGUGUCAGCUGUCCUCCUGCUGGCUGUUUCUCCUCCCCUGCUUCUUUACAGGGAUAAAUCAAGAACUGCCUCAAAGAUGAAACCUUGGCAAGGUUAUGCUCAUGCUGCUGUUGUUGCUUUAUCAGUUUGGUUCUGUCGUGAAACAGUAUUUGAAGCUCUUCAAUGGUGGCACGGUAGACCUCCUUCUGAUGGUUUGCUUUUAGGCUCCUGCUUCCUCUUGACGGGAUUGGCUUGUGUUCCUAUUGUUGCACUUCACUUCUCACAUGUUAUGUCUGCAAAGAGAUGCUUGGUGCUGGUGGUUGCAACAGGUUUGUUGUUUAUCCUAAUGCAGCCACCAAUCCCCUUGUCAUGGACUUACCACUCGGACGUAAUUAAAGCUGCUCGUCAAUCUGCUGAUGACAUUUCUAUUUAUGGCUUCUUCGCAUCAAAGCCUACGUGGCCCUCAUGGUUGCUUAUUGUUGCAAUUCUGCUCACUCUGGCCUCUGUUACUUCCACAAUCCCAAUUAAAUACGUCGUUGAAUUAAGGAUAUUUUACGCCAUUGCUAUAGGUAUUUCUCUUGGAAUUUACAUAUCAGCAGAAUAUUUUCUCCAGGCUGCAAUCCUCCAUGCUCUCAUCAUUGUCACCAUGGUUUGUACUUCUGUAUUUGUUGUUUUUACUCACUUCCCAUCUGCUUCAAGCACAAAGCUUCUGCCAUGGGUAUUUGCACUUCUUGUGGCUCUCUUUCCUGUGACAUAUUUGUUGGAGGGACAAGUCAGAAUAAAUAAAAGCAUCCUUGGAGAUAAUGCAGUGCAAGAUAUAGGGGAAGAAGACAGCAAACUGGCAACCCUUCUGGCCGUUGAAGGUGCAAGAACUUCUCUUCUUGGCUUAUAUGCUGCAAUCUUUAUGCUCAUUGCGCUUGAAGUGAAGUUUGAACUGGCCUCGCUGAUGCGAGAAAAGGUAACAGAUAGGGGUGUAGUUAGGCACAGCCAUUCAGGUCAAAGUAGCUCUACUAUUGUUCCCCCAAGAUUAAGGUUCAUGCAGCAACGCAAAGCCUCUGCUGUUCCAUCCUUUACAAUCAAGAGAAUAGCUUCUGAGGGUGCCUGGAUGCCUGCCGUUGGUAAUGUUGCCACAAUCAUGUGCUUUGCUAUAUGCCUGAUCUUGAACGUCAAUCUCACCGGUGGCUCAAACCGUGCUAUUUUCUUCUUGGCACCUAUCUUGCUACUGCUUAAUCAAGAUUCUGAUUUUGUUGCGGGUUUUGGGGACAGGCAAAGGUACUUCCCUGUUGUAAUAGUCAUCUCUGCCUACUUGGUGUUAACUACCAUGUAUAGCAUCUGGGAAAAUAUAUGGCAUGGGAAUGCAGGGUGGGGAUUAGAUGUGGGAGGUCCAGAUUGGUUUUUCGCGGUCAAGAAUUUGGCACUUCUCAUUCUAACAUUUCCAAGUCACAUCCUUUUUAAUCGCUUCGUCUGGAGCUACACAAAACAGGCUGACUCUAUGCCAUUGCUGACAAUACCUCUUAAUUUGCCAUCAGUUUUGAUGACGGAUAUUAUCAAGGUUAAGAUAUUGGGACUCCUUGGAGUUAUAUAUUCUUUAGCCCAGUAUCUCAUCUCUAGACAACAAUAUAUUUCAGGAAUGAAGUAUAUUUAGACGAACAUCAAAAUUUUGUACUAUAUGUUCUUGGAAAUUUUCAAGUGAGGAAUGAAAUUAAAGAUCUUCUUGCUGUUA